AGAUUUUAGUUCCAGUAGCAGCGGCUGUGAAAAAUGAGGUUAAUGUUCCUUGUGUGAAAAAUUUCGUUGAGCUGUUGUAUGUACAAACCUUGGAUGCUUCGACGAAAUCGAAACAUCGUCUAGCUUUAUUUCCGUUAGUCACAUGCUUGCUCUGUGUGUCGCAAAAAACAUUCUUCCUUUCAAAUUGGCAUUAUUUCCUAGCCAUGUGCCUCAGCAAUUUGAAAAACCGUGAUGCGAAAAUGAGCCGAGUAGCACUGGAGUCGCUUUAUCGUCUAUUAUGGGUAUACAUGAUAAGGAUAAAAUGUGAAUCCAAUUCGGCGACUCAUUCAAGACUACAAAGUAUAGUAAACUCCUUAUUUCCAAAAGGCUCAAAAGGUGUCGUGCCCCGUGAUACUCCUCUGAACAUUUUUGUGAAAAUCAUUCAGUUCAUUGCGCAGGAGCGUUUGGAUUUUGCCAUGCGGGAAAUUGUUUAUGAUUUACUCUGCGUGGGACGUUCGAUUAAGUUGAUUUUAAAUCCGGAACGUAUGAGCAUCGGACUACGCGCAUUUCUUGUUGUGGCCGAUUCCUUGCAACAAAAAGACGGCGAACCACCUAUGCCACGCACUGUGCCUGUGCUACCCUCCGGCAAUACAUUGCGAGUGAAGAAAACAUACAUCAAUAAAAUGCUAACUGACGAUACUGCCCGCAGCAUUGGCAUGUCGACCUAUUUUCCACAUGUGCGCCGUGUUUUUGUGGACAUUUUGCGAGCACUGGACGUGCAUUACGGUCGCCCGUUAAUGAUGACAAACACGCAGAAUCAGAAUAAAGAACCCGAUGAGAUGCUCUCUGGUGAGCGCAAGCCACGGAUCGAUCUAUUUCGCACAUGCGUCGCUGCAGUACCUCGUCUCAUACCAGAGACGAUGACCCCACAGGAGUUGGUAGACUUGCUCUCGCGGUUGACUGUGCACAUGGACGAAGAGUUGCGCAUCUUAACACACCAGUCGUUGCAAACUUUGGUGAUUGACUUUCCGGAUUGGCGUCAGGACGUCGUGCACGGGUACACCCAGUUUCUAGUGCGCGAUGUCACCGACACUUAUCCGCAGUUAUUGGAAAAUUGUACUCGUAUGUUAUUCGUAUUUCUGAACAUUUGGCGUUGUGCAAUAAAUGUCAAUGGCAAUGGAAAUUCAAGCGCGAAUGCGCUUAAAAUCUCAAUGACAACUGCCGGAGUAGUAAAUUCUCCUGCUGGAGUUGGCGGUGGUGUUGGUGUCGCAACAGUUGCAACUGCCUUAAGUGGCUCUGGUGCGGGUAAAGACACUGCCACAAGCCAGCUCUCUAGCGCAAGCAAUGUAAAAAGCGUAAACACAAAUUCAAGUGGCACUUCCAGCAUUACAUCUAGCGGAAUAUCUAGCAUUACGCAAACGACUGUCAUUAAUAUUGGAGAUGCUGCUAAGAAAAACGAGAUACCGCUGGUUACCACGCUACAUUUUGUAGAGGGUUUUGCUCUGGUACUGCUCUGUAACUAUCGUCCAUUCUUGCGAAAGCUGGCAGCUAUGAUUUUGAAAGAAGUGAAGAAUCUUAUGAAAGCACUGGGCAUACCAGAGACGGAGCCACCAGUUAUCGAUGUAAUUGAUAAGUGCUGUCCACAGGUACUUGAGAAGUGUUUACCCCAUUUGCCACCUUCGGAGAAGACUGCGAUCCUCAAUGCGAAUGCAAUCGAUUUGCAAUGGAUUGCCGAACGAACAAGUGGUAUAUGGAUGGCGGGGUUAACAGAUGUUUCUUUAGACACGUCGAAAUCAUCAACUUCGACUCUGAACUUGUCACAAGGUAGCGCAACACAUCAGCAGCAACAGUUCGAUCCGUGGUCGAUGGUGUUGUUUGGUUUUCUGGAACGUAACCGCAUUUUGCAGCAGUGUGCCUCCGCCGUUGCGCAGGCUUGGCCCAUCUGCUAUUCACGCGUGACAGCACUUUACAGCGUCAUCGAUCCCACACCUGUUAGUGAUAAUCGCGCUUCAUUACUGCGCAGCUCAGCGCCAACUAAGAAAGUGCCCACCGAAAGCCAAAAGGAUCUUUAUUUAAAAUUAUGGCGCAAUCAAGUUGCUUGUGCAAUGCGCCUGGUACCACAGAUUCCAAGCGUUGCGGUUCGCUGUGCAUCACCUGACCUAAGUUUGAGUCUACAAGAUCAAUCGGACUCACGGUCUCUAUCCGAUUCCUUGGAUAACAUACCGUCGAAUGUGUUCGGACCCGAAGGAAUUGUCACACGAUUUACGCUACCACUUUCUUAUGGCCGCAAGGAGGCACGACAAAAACGACUUGGCUCAUCACCCGACUCUUUGAAUGCCGAUCGAAGUGAUAAAUCUGUUAUGGGUUCCGCUUCGCCCCAAGCACUUUACAAGCUGGUUGUGCCUCUGCUACGCUGUGAGGUAGUUGACGUACGCGAUGCGGCCGUAAAUGCUCUUGGAAUGAUAAAUCACGAAGCCCUGAAGGAUUUAAUGGAAGAGCUUGUAGUUUAUAUACGCGAAGCAGUCGACAGAAAACAGGAGAAUAUGCGACGUCGGCGUCGGCGUGAUGCCUUGCGCUUGCAGCUAGUACGUGUGCUGGAAAAAAUUGCAGAAAAUGGCACAUUUGGCGUAAGUACCUGUGUGUUAGAACGUGACACGAUGUCAUUACAUCCUACAUUUGUGGAAUACAUAGAAGGCGCUAUUCAAUAUCUAUUAGCUGAAACUGAUAAGGACAAUACCAGUAUUCGGGAAGUUAAAGCACAUUUUUGUAAUUUCAUUCGCAAAAUGAUAAAGAAUUUCUCGCUAGAGUCAUGUGGCACACUUCUAACACGCGAGCUUAAGCGGAGUCUUUUCAAUUUAUUUGCAACAUGGUGUGGAUCUUUUUCAAAACCGCUGGGCUUCACUUCACAGAUUGGUCAAUCACAAGAUGAAGAGAAAUUGCAGUUUAGUGCUUUACAGGCCCUAUCUGCUCUACUUUGCUGCGGACACAUAUUCCAUCCUCCAUAUCUGUCUGAUUAUGGUAUUAUUUACGAAUGGCUGGACAUGUUGCUGACAUCUAAAGACGAAAAGAUAUAUCUCUUAGCACGAGAUACUGUUGUCUUAUUACUUGAAUCGAAUCCGGACUGUAGUGUGCUACUUGAGUGGGUUAUUGAUCGCUGUUAUACAUCGACCCCCCGUGAAGCAGAUGCUUGCUUUGUAGCUCUGGCAGCAAUUUUUAGUGCAAGGGAAUACCCAUGUGACCAUUACACAUCAGUAAUCACGGUUACACUUUUAAUGACUGGCUGUCCGCGCGUUGAAGUGCAUUCCACCGCUCUCCAGUUAUUACAAAUAUUGGAUAAACGCUUCUUUGGCAGCGUGGCUUCUCUGCAUAGCGAUAACGAUAAAGGUAUGUUUGAUAUUCUUGCGUCCAAAAAGUAAUUUAUCAGUGUUUGCUGCAUAAAUAAA